AUGCCAAAAACUCAGAAUUUGUGGAGCUACAAAGGAGAAAUCCUGCAAUGCCUUCUUAUGGUAUAUGUUUGGAAGGCAGUUUCUGCACAGAUCCGCUAUUCCAUUCCAGAGGAGAUGCAGAAAGGAUCUUUCGUGGGGGAUGUUGCAAAAGAUCUGGGAAUGGACAGGAGACGACUUCCCAACCAUGGACUCCGCAUUGUCCCCACUAUAGGUAGGAUUCAGUAUUUUGCUUUCAAUAUCCACAAUGGCCAUUUGCAAACCUCUGAGAGAAUAGACCGAGAGGAAAUCUGUGGCGAGGUAGAGAAAUGCAUCCUAAAGUUUCAGCUUAUUAUUGAAAGCAAAUUAGAGCUUCUUGGAGUUGAGGUGGAAAUUACAGAUAUAAAUGAUAAUGCUCCCCAAUUCAUGCCAAUGGAAUGGAAAUUGAAAAUCAGUGAGACUGCUACCCUUGGAGACCGACUUCUUCUCCCCAAAGCUCAAGAUCCAGAUCUGGGUAUAAAUUCAAUACAGAACUACCGACUUUCAGGCAGCAGCCAUUUUUCUUUGGAUGUGCAAAUGGAAGAAAAUGGCAUUAAGCAUGCAGAGCUGGUGUUGGAAAAAAAUCUGGACAGGGAGGAACAAGCAGUUCAUGACCUCAUCCUCACAGCUACCGAUGGGGGCGAUCCAGUAAGAUCCGGCAGUGCUCAAAUCCAAGUUAUAGUUCUAGAUGCAAAUGACAAUGCACCAGUUUUCAACCAGUCAAUCUAUGAAGCAAGUGUCAUGGAGAAUAUUCCUAAAGGGUCUACAGUCUGUACGGUACGAGCUACCGAUCAGGAUGAGGGAAUCAACAGAGAGAUCAAAUACUCCUUUCAAAAAAUCACAGAUAAGUAUUCCAAAAAUUUUCUGCUGAAUUCCACAACAGGAGAAAUAAUCCUAAAAGAGACCCUGGACUACGAAGCGUCAUCCUUAUACCAACUUGAGGUACAGGCCACUGACGGGGGAGGGCUGAGUGACACAUCAAAAGUUGUGGUCUCUGUUAUAGAUCUGAAUGAUAACGCACCAGAAUUAGCAGUGACCUUUGUAAUCAGUUCAAUCCCUGAGAACUCACCAGCUGGAACAGUUAUUGCUAUCUUAAACGUACAAGAUAGAGAUUCAGGACUCAGUGGGGAAAUUAAAUGCUUCAUUCCCAACAACUUCCCUUUCCAACUGAAGAAAUCAAUAGACAGUUUUUACUCCUUAGUGACAGACAGAGCUCUUGACAGGGAACAGGUACCAUCUUAUAAUAUUACUGUUACAGCUACUGAUCACGGGACUCCACCACUCCUUACAUCUACUGUUAUUUCACUCCAGGUGUUAGACACAAAUGACAACCCACCCCUCUUUACAGAAUCAAGCUAUACAUUUUAUGUCAUAGAAAAUAAUCUGAGAGGAGCUUUGAUCUUCGCUUUAAAAGCCAGCGACCCCGACUGGGAAGAAAAUGCCAGAAUAACAUAUUCCAUCGUGGAAGGAGUCAUGAAAAUCCCCCCUCCCUCUUCUUACUUAUCUAUUAAUUCUGAAUCAGGGGAAGUCUAUGCACUGAAUUCCUUUGAUUAUGAAGAAUUCCGGGAGAUUCCGUUCCUAAUCAGGGCCCAAGAUGGAGGCUCCCCACCACUCAGCUCCAAUGUCUCAGUGACUGUCUUCAUCCUUGAUCAGAAUGACAAUGCUCCAGAAAUCUUAUACCCUUCCCCUCCCACUGAUGGUUCCACAGGGAUAGAGUUGGCCCCCCACUCUUCUGAGCCUGGAUACCUGGUCACUAAAGUGGUGGCAGUGGAUCGAGACUCUGGGCAGAAUGCCUGGCUCUCCUAUCAGCUACUCAAGGCCACAGAGCCAGGGCUCUUCUCCAUAGGACUCCACACUGGGGAGAUCAGGACAGCCCGUUUCUUUCUGGACAAGGAUGCUCUCAAGCAAAGCCUGGUGGUUUUAGUGAAGGACAGUGGGCAGCCCCCUCUGUCUGCCUCAGUCACGGUCACUGUGGUGCUGGCCGACAGCAUCCCUGAAAGCCUCUCUGAUAUUAGCAGCAUCUCAGCUCCUGCAGACCCCCAGUCGGACCUCACCUUCUACCUGGUGGUUGCUGUGGCUUUUGUCUCCUGCUUGUUUUUCACCUUCCUCCUUGUUUUACUGGCCAUCAGGUUGCACAGGUGGAGAACUUCUCAGCUGUGUCAUUCAGGGAGUAUGAAUUUCAGUGGUGUUCCUGUCUCACAGUUUGUGGGGAUUGAUGGAGUCCGAGCCUUUCUUCACUCCUAUUGCCAAGAGGUUUCUCUCACUGCAGACUCUAGGAAAAGCCAGUUCAACAUUUCCAAGACAAAUAAUUCUGAUACUCUGACUAAUCCGUUGACUGGUGAAGUAAAAGAUCCUAUCCAAGCUGCUGAGGAUUUAAAUUUGAAUAGUGGGGAUCUGAUCAUAAUCCAGGUGAGCUAA